CCCCCCCCCCCCCCGCGGCCACCGCCCCCCUCCAGCCAUGCAAGCGCCGACGGCGGCGGAGCGCAACAAGGGCCCGAUCCUGGCGGUGCUGCGGGAGUACGUGGGUUCCGGCGCCCACGCGGGACCCGGCGUCCUGCAGGUGCUGGAGGUAGGGGCGGGCGCGGGGCUGCACGCCGUGCACUUUGCCCAGGCUCUGCCGCAGACCCGCUGGCAGCCGUCAGACAUCGACCCCCAGGCGCUGCGCAGCAUCACUGCCUACACAGAGGCCAUGCAGGUGCCCAAUGUGCUGCCCCCCAUCCUGCUGGAUGUCUCGCAGGGCUGGGAGACGUGGGGGGGCACCCAACCCGCUACCCUCGACCUCCUCGUCAGCAUCAACAUGAUGCACAUUGCGGAGCUGCGGUGCACUGAGGGCCUGUUCAAGGGUGCUGGGGUGCUGCUGAAGCCCAGAGGCGUGCUCUUCACCUACGGGCCCUACGCCGUGGACGGCCAGAUCAGCCCCCAGAGCAACGUGGACUUUGACCGCAGCCUGAGGCAGAGGAAUCCCGCCUGGGGCCUUCGGGACACAGCACUGCUACGGCAGCUGGCUGAGGCCAACGGGCUGCGCCUGGAGAGAAUGGUGGACAUGCCAGCCAACAACAAGAGCCUCAUCUUCCGCAAGCAGUAACCUGGUGUGAUGGCACCUCCUAGCAUCUCCCGGCACCUCCUCGGCAGGGCCACCCCCUCACAUUGAUGCCUCCUCAAGGGGUGAUGCCAUCAUGCAGUGGUGACAGCUGGGGCAGAGGAUGGCAGCUCCAGGAUGGUGCCCCCCUUGCCCCAGCCUGGGCUGGGCUUGGCUGAUGGGCUGGAGGAGGUGGGGUGUCCAUCUCCCCCAGCCCCUUUGGGGCUCCCUUUGCAAUGGGGUACCCCAGCCUGGCCCAGAGAGGCUGCUCUAACUCCCAUGGGGGGCAUAGGCAUGGCGGUGCAGGGCACAGCACCCUGGGUGUGGGGAGACCUCUCGCUCGGUGCCAGUUUCCUUGGAGGAUGCCAUGCCAGUGGUGGGGGGACCCAUCCCUUUUUCCCUACCCCAGAGACCCCUAUCUCUCCCACCAAUAAACUCUGGGGCUUUGCUCCAUCCCCAGCA